ACACGCAGUCGCGGGAGUUCUCACUGCAGUGCGUGGACCGACUCCAGCCUCGGAGGAGGAAAGCUCGGUGCCCGUUCCCCAGCAGGACGGACGGCGGGAGGAUGCGGGACUGCGACUGCUCACCUCGCGCUCUUCGCUGCGGCGGGACUUUCUGAUGGUUUGGAGGAACUCAAAAACUUGGAGGCUUCAAGGAUGAUCCUCUCAGAUGGGACAGUCUCAGCCGUCACUUUUGCGCUCCUAUCGGGAAUAACAUACUUGGCCAUCAUCUGUGAUCUCACAAGGGGCUCUGCAGACCUGUCAGGCUACCUGUCCACAGUGUUGAAGAACUACACCCAGCAGGCCUGCGACGGAGAAUUCCUGUACGUCCACUGCCCGCCCCGCACCACCAUCACCAUCCAGUCGGCAUUCUAUGGAAGCAGAGGUUCCUCUGAUCUGUCGAGGUGCCCCCAGACCUACCAGGCCCUCCUGCACUCUCAUUACGCUCCAGAGAAUGAUCGAUACUGUUCAGUGUCGACAGCACUACAGAAAAUGCUGGAUGAAUGCCAGGACAGAAGGAGCUGUCAAGCCCUUGUCAGUAGCCGCAUGUUUGGGAUGGACCAGUGUCCCGGCAGCAGUAAAUACCUCAUUGUCUGGUACAAAUGCCGACCUAGUGAAUACAAAAGUAAGGUAGCCUGCGAGGAGGACAGGAUGAGGCUGAGCUGCAAACAGGGAAUGCAGAUCGCCGUCUACUCCGCCAUGUUCGGCCGCACUCAACAGGGCACGCUGGAGUGCCCCCCUCACCACAGGAGGGCCCCCCCAGUAGAAUGCCAGUCAUCGGUGGCCCUGCAGGUCCUCACGGCACGCUGCCAAGGAAAGAAGAGUUGUCUGAUCCGAGCCUCCACCAGAGAGUUUGGAGAUCCGUGUUACCCCGGCAUCAAGAAAUACCUCAGCGUCAUCUACACUUGUGUCCCAAAGAGACUGCUUCAGGAGCCGGGCCCGAGACCACCAGUGUACCACCCGGAACCAGGCGCCCAUGACCCCAACAUAGUGGGAGACGGUCCUCCGUACGGGAGCUCAGUCAAAAAUCCUGACGCGGACUCUGAAAAGAAAAUUUUUAAAGAGACGGAAAAGGGGAAGCCGCUUGAAACUGAAAGAGGGGGUCCAGAGCCGCCACCAGAAAUGAACCCCAUCGCCAACUCCACCUCUGGAGCCAACAUGGCGCUCUUCAGCAACGCACUUGCAGCCUACAACUACAUAUCAGACCACCCAGAGAGGGCAGCCUUGUUCUUCGUCUGCGGCGUGUGUUUGGGCCUCUUCCUCACUCUCUUCGCCCUGGUGGUGCAGAUCUCCUGUCGCACCGACUGCCAGCCGCGCCAGCGGCCCCCCGCCAAGAAACGCGCGCGCCCCGCCGACCUGUCCUCAGACUCCAGCGACUCGGACUCGGACUGGGACACCACGUCGGACCUGUCGGCGCGCAGACACAGACGCUUCGAGCGCACGCUAAACAUGAACGUGUUCACGUCGGCCGAAGAGCUGGAGAGAGCGCAGCGGCUGGAGGAGAGGGAGCGAAUCAUCCGGGAAAUCUGGAUGAACGGCCAACCGGACAUCCCAGGGACGCGGAGCCUCAACCGGUAUUACUGAGUAAUACUUGACGGAAAUCUUGGACUGCUGUUUUCAAAGUCCCUUUGGGUAGCAUAAGCUAUACCCUCUAAAGUCCAACAAUAAGCUCCAACUCUGCUUUGUAAGCUCGCCUCCAAGGAAGACUCCGCUGACUUAACGGUGACCUCGGCGGUCUUUUGAACUGAGGAUUUAUGGGUUAAUGAACAUACACAAGCCUGCAGAGACUACACGGUGACUGAAGGACCAAGGCCUCACAAAGGUCUGCUUUACAGCACACAGGGCAGCUGGAAGAGACUCACUACCCUCCAGUAUUGAAAUGUGAACUUUAACAGAGGGGCAUUUUUUUUUUUUUUUUUUUUUUUUUUUACCAAAGUGCGCUCGACAAUAAGACAGUGUAAGACAAUCUUUUGCCUUGAGCUCUAUAAAAACCAAAAGAUGAACACCUUAUGCAAUAUAUUUUAUAAUAUUUAAUGUUUUUUUUUCUCAAGUAAGGUGAGAUAUUUUUGUACUUUUGUCUGGCACCUCAGGGAUGCAAUCCUAGUGUUUCUGUCUCUUCCUAAGAAAAGGGAUGAGUUGAUUGAAAUCACAUUUGUAGACAAGAAUAGGAAAUAUAAUGUAAAGCGCCUCAAAGAGGUUUCCUUUUUUAUGGUUUAAACCUAUUUUUGAUACAUUGGAGUGCCUUUUCUACCCUUUAAGUCAAGCUUAUGAUUACAACAGUCUUGUUUUAUCAACUCUAGGACAUUUAUUUAUUAAUUGGAAAUUCCAAAUGUAUAUUAUCUCAUUUGUGUUCCCUUUAAAGUACUGUCUAUGUGCUGAAGUGGGGCUUGUGUAAAAACCAGAAUGCUGCACUUGCUAUCUACUCUGGCAUAAAUAUAAAUUGAUGGAAAAUUGUGUGUUUCAUUGAACAAAAAACAUAUUUUCAGAAAAUAAGGCAAAAUCACAAUUAAUACUCUUUAUUACCCACAUUAUUUUUCCAGUUUUAGGUAGAUAUUACACUUUAAUACUAUUUUCCUUAUAGAGAUUAUUGAAAUAAUUUAUCGGAGUUUAAAAAAAAAAAACAUUUUCAAAUCCACUUUCCACACAUUCAUAAGGUUUUCUAUAUUGUGUCAAUUAUUCUUUUUAUUUUUUUUAUUUAUUUUUUUUUGCCAAAAUAGAUUAUGUGCUUGAAAUAAACUUCAAAAAUCAAAAUGUGUCCCAGUGAAAGCAAUGAAGUUUGUGUCUUUAAUCCUAAAUGUGUUUAGUGAUAGAUUAAUAAUAAACGCGGGAAAACAACAAAAACACCGGAAGUUUAAACAAUGGCGUCUCGACUUUUUUAAG